CGUCGCGGGUAUGAAACGGACGCCAUUGUGGCUCUAACGCUGCGUGAGGAUCGCAGAGCAAACCAUAGACCGUUAGAGCCAACAUGGAGGACAGAGGGGCGCAGUUUCAUAACAGCGUCAAUAAGUCUCUGUAAACGUCUUUAUAACAGCGGUUGAAUCGCAGCAGCUGGGUUUGGGAUGGAAAGCUGGGUCCCAGAGGUACCGGGAGCAGCGGGCGGUUCGGAAGAAGUCCAGGAGGACCGGUUUCGUUUAUCGGUCCUCGGCGAGGGGGUGAGGCUGGGCUGCGGUGCGUCUGAAGCCGACCCGGCUCUGAGUUACCUCCGCCUGCUGUGGGACCCGAACCAGGCCGGGGCCGACCCAGCGGCGGGGAACCCGAGCCGAGCCGAGCCGAACCGGGUGGGGAAGAUCGGGGUGAGCCGAGUCAAGAGACACGUCAGAGCGCAUCGAGCCGCCGGACCGAUUGGGAAAGAAGCGUACGCCGUGAAGAGAUUGCGUGAGGCAGCGAAUGGAAACGACGUGGAAACAGUGGAGAGGUUGCUGAGGGGUCACACUGACGCCUGCUCCGCAGAUGAUAAGGGCCGCACGGCGCUCCACUUUGCUUCCUGCAACGGGAACGAGCAGAUUGUCCAGUUGCUGCUCUCUCACGGUGCCGACCCAAACCAGAGGGAUGGACUCGGAAACACAGCACUGCACUUAGCUGCCUGCACCAACCAUGUCCCCGUGAUCACAGCCCUGCUGAGAGGAGGCGCUCGUGUGGACGCCCUGGACCGUGCUGGAAGGACCCCUCUGCACCUGGCCAAAUCCAAACUGAACAUCCUGCUGGAGGGCCAAUCACAGAGCCUGGAGGCGCUGCGGAGCGAAGUGAGACAGAUUAUUCAGAUGCUCAGGGAGUAUCUUUCUCGGCUCGGUUGCUCUGAUGAGAGAGAGAGGCUGGAUCAGCUGAGCAGCCGCCUGCACAGAACCAGAACCAAGGAGCAGGUUGACGAGGUGACAGAUCUGCUGGCCAGCUUCACGUCACUCAGCCUGCAGAUGCACAGCCUGGGGGAGCGGUAGAGAGAGAAGAGAAGAGAAUAGAAGAGAGGAACAGACUGCACAGCUCCUCUCUCACGGAUCAGCAGAGACUCUAAUCGCCAGCACAGACAGACAGACAGACAGACAGACAGACAGCCUCUCAUUUCAAACUCUACCAGCUGCUGCUGCUGCUGCUGGCCUGUCUGUGUGUGCAGCCGGAGAGACAGUUUCUUCAACAGUAACCUCAGCAGCACAGCGGAGAGAGUCUGAGCAGCGAACUGCAGCAGCACGGGUUCAAGCACAGGGUCCUGCGUGAGUGAGUGUGUGUGUGUGUGUGUGAGAGAGAGAGGGAGUCUGUGUGUGUGAGUGAGAGAGAGAGAGAGGGAGUGUGUGUGUGUGAGAGAGAGUGUGUGUGUGUGUGUGUGUGUGUGUGAGAGAGAGUGUGUGUGUGUGUGUGAGAGAGAGUCUGUGUGUGUGAGAGAGUCUGUGUGUGUGUGUGUGUGUGUGUGAGAGAGAGAGAGGGAGUCUGUGUGUGUGAGUCUGUGUGUGUGUGUGUGUGUGUGUGUGUGUGUGUGUGUGUGUGUGUGAGAGAGAGAGGGAGUGUGUGUGUGUGUGUGUGUGUGUGAGAGAGGGAGUCUGUGUGUGUGAGAGAGAGGGAGUGUGUGAGAGAGAGUGUCUGUGUGUGUGUGUGUGUGUGUGUGAGAGAGUGUCUGUGUGUGUGUGUGUGUGUGUGUGUGUGAGAGAGUCUGUGUGUGUGUGUGUCUGUGUGAGAGGUUACACACGCCAGUAGUUUUCUCUGUGUCUUCGUUGCGUCGUUUUCAACACACAUCGCCUCUAAAACCGGAGAGCGGUUUGUACAGCGACACGACUGGAGAAACAACAAAAAAAAAAAAAAAAAAUUCCUACAAUAAACAAACUACAAACAAGAGCAGCAGCAGCGACGACGACGCGGGUCUCCGUGCGCCUCUCCAGAGAGCUGAGGGUUGUGUUGUUUUGUUUCGAUGGUGUGUUUUUUUACUUUUUAAAGUUUUGUACGUGUUUGUUUGCUUUGUUUUUUUUAAAUGUAAAUAAGUUGUGUUGUUGUUAAAAAAAAAAUGAUAACAGUAAUAAUAAUAAUAAAUAAGUAUGAAAUCGUG